AUGGAUGAGAAUGGAUCUCUCUAUGUCGUUGAUGAGGUAAAAAAUGAAGUGAGACGAUAUCGAAGAGGAGAAUCUGAAGGAACAGUGGUUGCAGGUGGCAAUGGAUAUGGAAAUCGUCUCGAUCAACUCUUUAGGCCACAAUACGUAUUCGUCGAUCGAGAUCAUUCAGUGUACGUAUCUGAUUGCAACAAUCGUCGUGUGAUGAAAUGGAUGGAAGGUGCAAAACAAGGCGUUGUUUUGGCUGAUAGUCAAGGACAAGGAAAUGGUCUUACAAAAUUGUGUAGUCCUGCAGGAGUCGCUGUCGAUGAAUUGGGCACUGUCUAUGUGGUUGAUUGUGUGAAUGCUCGAAUCAUGCGUUUGUCGAAAGGAGGCACAGAAGGAAGUGUUAUUGUUGGUGGAAACGCUGAUUAUGCUAUUGGAGUUAUAUCAAAAGUAAUAGACGAAUGUAUGUUUAAAUGGAUUGUAACACGUAUCAAUAAACCUCUUGAUCGACGUAAACGACAAGGUUCAUCAUUUAUUGGUAUACUUGAUACAACUAAUUUUGAAAUUUUUCAAUUAAAUUCAUUUGAACCAUUAUAUAUAAAUUAUACAAAUGAAAAGCUUUGA